AUGGAUGUACAGGAAGAAGUAACGUUGUUAUAUUUUAAUGAUCUUUAUCCAGACUGCGAUGACAUGCACUCGCUAAUAUUCGGGAUGAUCACGCCAAUACAAGCGGCGCUAGUCACCGUGGCCAACAUAUUUAUCGUGAUCCUCUUCACCAAGCCGAAUAUCCGGUCGCGAACCACGUGUAUCCUGACGCUCAUUGCGCUGGCUGACGUACUUUCCAUCCUGUCGCCCACAUCGAUCUAUAUCUGGCUGUUCACCCUCGAUAACGGCAACCAUCGUGCAGUCCCCUACCGCUUUUGCAUCUGGACGAUUGCGUUUGUGGAUAUAUUUCUGGAUAUGUUUAACUCAAUGUCACUCUGGUUCACUGUUUUGUUGGCGUUAAUGAGACGCAAGUGUUUACAAUCUCCGUUUACUGCCAAGUGUACACACAGAUAUCGUCACGUCAUUGGCUAUAUUACAGGAGUAGUGUGUUUAGUUCUUGCAGUUCACAUACCGUCGUUUUUCAUUUUUGACGUCGUUCCUCUAAACAGAACGUACGUUGAUUCUAACGUAACGGGCGUAAUGUGUGGAUUGAAAGAGCGUAAAUAUAGCAUUCCGCGGAAAAUCCAUCUAUGGAUGGAGGUAUUACUAGACUCUCUCAUUCCAUCAUGCAUUCUUUUGUACCUGACAUUUAGCAUUCUAUGGGUUUUGCGUAAAGCUAAGCAGAGCCGGUCUUCACUUCGUUCCCAUUCCUCCGUAUACCGUCCCGGCGGGGUUCCAGACGACAGGGAAAAUGAGGGCGUAUCUGUGAGACUAAAAUAUGUCCAGUUCCGGCGGUGGAAGUUUCGGGCGCAGACGAGCAAGUGCAGCGUUGAUUCCGCCUUUGAAAAGCUUGACCGGGAAAGUAGACGAACUUCGUGGCUUAUUUUCGCAGUCGCAAUCCUAAUCUCCACCCACGAGCUACCUAUGGCGCUUAUAAGCGCGUACAAACUCACAGUACACAUGCACGAGACGCUUCCGUUGGUGUUCUUCGGCUGCUGGUCGGCUAUAUUCACGCUGUGGCAGAACACCAUAUAUCCGCUCACGUUUUUCAUAUACGCGCUGAUGAGUGCCAACUUCCGGUCAGAGAUCUUGCGAGUCCUGACCUGUAAAUGCCUGUUUUCCGGCGAAGAGACGACGGCAGGGAAUGAACCGAUAGUUAAAAAGGUGUUGUUGAGCCCGUGUUCUGUAAGAAAAUCGCUGAGCAAGGGAUUAAGCAAAGCCAAUGAAGAAACAGUUGGUUUGUCUAGUGAAAACUGA